UGUAUUAUCAUUUAAUUCUAAUGUUCGAUAGCAAAUGAUAAUUUACAUUAAUUACUAAGUAAAUACACUGCAGUUGGACAUUCGUUAGGUGUACGCUUAAGAUGGCGGCCACGUACCUGUUGGGUUUGCUGCUCGUAGCCGGCUAUGCUUCGGCUGCCGUGCUGAAUGCUGAUCCAGCCAUCAUCGAAGACUUGAGAGAUGCUGAACCAUCAGGCUCGAGGAUCGUGCAGGGCUGGCCUGCCGAGGAGGGUCAGAUCCCCUACCAGGGCAGUCUGCGCAUGGUGAGCCCCGUCGGAGCCGUCAGCUCCUGUGGCUGCACUCUCAUCCACCACGAGUGGGUCCUGACUGCUGCUCACUGCUUGGCUAACCGUAUCUCCUUCGUGGUUCGUUUCGGUGUGACCAACCUGACGCGCCCGGAGAUCCUGGUGGAGUCCACCCACAAGCACAUCCACCCCGACUAUGAUGAAAUCAGGGCUGGAGUCCAAACCGCCGACCUGGCCCUGCUUGGACUUGACCACUACAUCCCCUACUCCGCCAACGUGCAGCCUUCCCGUCUGAUGAGCAGGGCGCAGAAGGCCAUCAACUACGCUGGAGUCAGAAUGAUUGUCAGCGGCUUCGGACGUACCGACGAUCUGUGGAACGGUGGUGCUGCCUCCGAAAUCCUGCUGUGGACUUGGCAGCGAGGAGUGUCCAACGAGGACUGCCUCUCCUGGUACCCCACUAGCCAAGUCAUCAAGGACGAGACCAUCUGCUCCGGAUCUUAUGACCAUCCUUCUCAAGCUUCCUGCCAGGGUGACAGCGGUGGCCCACUGACCAUUGAGGACGCUGACGGCAAGCGCACACAAGUCGGUAUCGUGAGCUUCGGAUCCACUGCUGGAUGCAACAGCCCGUUCCCGUCAGGUUUCGUCCGCCCCGGUUGGUACCACGACUGGUUCACAGAGGUCACUGGUAUCGACUUCGACUGGGACAGCGACGCUAUCGUCCCUCCUGCAUCUGGUGAGGACAGUGGCGACAGUGAGGACAGUAACUCCUCUGAGAGUGACAGCAGUGAGGAAGCUGACAGUGUUAAGUUCGUCAACUAAGUUACUAGCACACCUAAGCGAUAAAUAAAGCUAUUUUUACAUUA